GGCGACGAACCCGGAGAUCAGCUGCUCGAACACGCCGACGCCGAGCACUUCCCGCCUCCCGGCGAUCUCUUCGUGCGGAUGGGGGACCAACAGGCGGAGGUGGCAAGCUGCGAGUUAGAUGCGCGCGUCGCGACGUGCGACCAGCUCCGCGUCACCCUGCGCGCGCUGAGGGCCGAGGGCCAGGACAAGACGGCGCAGGGCGUCCCCGGGCUCGGCAAGAUGCACAAGCGCGAGCUCCAGGAGUUGCGCAGGAUGAAGGGCAUCGGUUUCGGCCAGCACACGACCGUGCCGGAGCUCAGGCAGCGCCUGAAGGGCUGGAAGGUCGAGGUAGCGGUCAGCGGCGCCUCGAGCAACGUGGCCCAUCCAAGCUCGCAGAUCACGGGGAGCGACAAGAUGAGCUUCGGCAAGUACCCGACCGCGGAUUACCGCUGGGUGCUCAAGAACGACCUGGGUUACGCGCGGCGGGCGGUGCUGGAGCUGGACAACGGCCGAGCGAGCCCGCUCCUGGCGCGCUUCGGCAGGUGGGUCAAGGCUCACGGGGUGAGGCCGCUCGAGCCAGAGGAGCUCAAGGCCGCCAUCGAGGCGGUGAUGGCCGAGGAGGUGAUCCUGGACGACGAGUCCGCGACGCUGACGGCGACGACCCAGCGGGCCUCAGCAAGUCACGGCAGCUGGACGGGUCACCGUCGCCCGAGGCCGGUCGAGGAGCACGAGAUGGACACCGGCGACCGCGGCUUCCAGAAGGCGGGCGAGACCGACCAGGACCAGCCGCCAGCCUCGGGCAGGCGGCCAGGCAUCAAGAAGGGCAAGCGCGUCGGCCUACUCUACCAGGUCACGGGCUUGCUGAGCGCCUUCGCGUUUCAGGCGGUGCUCACGGCGGACUGGCUGUCCAAACCUCUCAAGCCGUUCGCUCGGCACGCGACGAGCGCCGCGCGGGACGUGGCGGACCACGUGAGGAACGUCAAGGAUGUCUACACCGUUCGGAUCCACGGCGUGGGCGUCAUGCAGGUGUUCGGAGGCGAAGGCGGCAUUGCCGAGGCGGCAGCGCGCCGCAACAUGACAGCCGCGGAGGAGAUCGACCGCAAGUGCGGCUGGGACCUCCGCAAGCAGAAGGACCUCGAGAUAACGCACGAGCGGUGCUACGCAUCGAGGCCGAAGUUCGCGUCGAUCGAGCUACCCUGCACAUGCUGCGCGAACAUUGCGCACCUCAACUUCCGCACGCCGCAGGGCAAGCAGGCGCUGCGGCGAUUGGCGCGCGGCGGCGUCGCCAUGAUCGAGAACCGGGCCGCCAGCCGGAUCUGGGCACAGCGCAUUAUGAUAGAGCUACUUGCCAACAAUCGCGCGUACCAGGUGAGGCGCGAUAUGUGCGACUACGGGGCUCGACGCUACAAGGCGGGGGGGCUCAUCAAGCACCCCGCCAAGCUGCUCGUCACCCGCGAGGAGUCCGAGCGGCUACGCCGCACCUGCAGCCACACGCACCGCGACCAGACGUUCGGGGACAACGUGGCGGCGCGGAAGUCUGGCGUUUAUCCGGCCAAGUUCUGCCGAGCGGUGGUGCGCGUCCUCGCGCAGAUCAUUCGCCGGCAGGGUGGGCCUCGCGCCUGCCAGUCUUCGUCGCCCCUCAUCGCGACGGAGUUGAAGGAGCAGGCCACCGUCUACGUGAACGACGCCGCGCCCCUGGGAGAGACGGGCGAGCCUAUUGGGGACCCAGCCCCCAGGGGCGGCGGAGACGAUUUCGCCGACACACACGACGUGCAGACCGACGAGACUGUGGACGGCAGGAUCGGGGUCGGCGCGAUUACUUUCACAAAGAAAGCAGCAGCGUGCUGCGAGCCAGCCGAGCUGGCCAUGCUCAAGAGACUCCACGUCAACUUGGGCCAUCCGUCUAAUGAAGACUUGGGCUGCAGUCUGCGAUUCGAGGGUGCUAAGUCGGCCGCCGUGCAGGCCGUCGAGGGGCUGAUCUGCGGAGUGCACCGCUCGCAGCAGCGCCCGAGCGCAAGGAGACCAGCGCACCUUCACUUCGUGCAAGAUUUUGGCGACGACGUGGGCUUCGAUUGCUUCGAGCUCAAGGACGUCGACGGCAAGAGCUACUUGUACUUCAGCAUCGUCGACUUGGCCACUACCUUCCACGUCGCGACGCUGAUCGGUCGCCACACCAGCCAGGAUUUCGCUACGGCCUUCGAGAGGUGCUGGGCCUCCUGGGCCGGCGUCCCGGACCGAGUCUACUUCGACAUGGAGAGGGGUUUCGGCGGCGUUCUCAGCGAGCUGUUCCAGUCUUUCGACGCGGUGCAGCUACCUAUCGCGGGACAGGCCCACUGGCAGCUCGGUCGAGUGGAGCUCGCUGCAAGGACGAUCGAGCACUCGUCGAUUAGGGGCGAGGGCGAGAUGCGGACGCUGGGCAUCAUGGUUUCGGGCGCGAAGAACUCGCUGAGGCGGCGGGCCGGCGUCAGCCCCGCGCAGUGGGUGCUGGGACGCGAUCCCAAGAUGCCCGCCGACCUGGCGGACGACACGGCCAACUACGGUGCCCACAGCCUCGCCACCCAUGACGAGACAAUUUGCCGCCGAUAUGCUAUUCGGACGGCGGCGCGCGAGUCGUUCAUGCGGAUGCAGAACGACGACCAGCUCAGACGGGCUAUGCUGGCUGGCGCGCGCACCGUGGCCACACCCUUGUCAGUGGGCGACAUGUGCUACAUUUUCCGCCAAGUCAAGAAGAAGGAGCAGAAGGAGCAGCACAACCGCAACGCCAAGAAGGGGCACGCCACGCUGGUGGCCCCGGAGCACAUCAAGGCGCUCGCUCCGGACGACGUCUGGUUCCCGAACGGUCUGGGCGAGAUCGGCCAGGCCGUGGCCGAGCUCAACAGGGCUCGCGACCCACUCGAGCAGGAGGAGGCCCCGGUGGAGGACAUCCGCCCCGAGCCGGGCCAGCCCGAGGUCCAGCCAGACGGGAUGGAGCAGGCGUGGCGGGAGUUCAUCGACAGCCCAGACGACGACGACCUGAGGCUGAACGUUCCUGAGGACCUGAAGCCCCAGGAGCAGAUCGAGGUGCUGCCCGCCGACCGAGCCGACAUACCUCAGUCAGCCUUCGAGGAGCAGCCCUACGGUCCCGUCGAUUUCCGACGACGGCGAGCGACCUUCGGCGAGCGACCUUCGACGGGGCGGACAGCGGCGACUACCGCCAAGGAGCACGCGGGCUCCGGAGGAUCGCCCCCGAGGACGGCCUCGCGCAAUCGGGCGGCCGUGCCCGAAAGCGGAGCAGCGGCCAGAUCCGAGCAGGAGGGCGCUAGAGAGCGUUCGAGGUCGGCUCCCAGAGAAGCGAUGCAGACCUCCAUCGUCGCCGAGAGGAUCAAGCGCAAGCAAGCCGACAAGGAGUCCGAGGCGGUCAGGGGCAGGGUUAAGGCCAACCUCAUCUUGCCCAGCCGGUUUGUGUACCGGGAUAGGAACGCGCCGCUGCGGACUGACAAGCGCCCGCUGCCGUUCGAGGCCAAGGCCCGACUCUGCGUCGGGGGCCACGUGGAACCGCGUCUCGCUCAGGGCGACCUGCGCACAGACGCGCCUACGGUCACCCGCAACUCGGCCAUGCUGUUCUUCACCGUCUGCCAGUGGUUCGACCUGGAGAUUUACGCAGCGGACGUGGAGGCGGCUUUCAUGCAAGGCGACGAGCAGCCCGACCAGCAGUUGCACAUGGCUCAGCCCCGCGAGGGUUUACCUGGGUUGCGCCCGAAGCAGUUGAUUAAGAUCCUCAAGGGAGUCUUCGGGCUACAUUCGCUAGAUCCAGCGCUGUACUACGGCUGCGACAAGCACGGGGGGCUGUGCGCGGUGGUGGUCGCCCACGUGGACGACCUGCUGCUGGGCGUUUCGGGCUCUACAAACUCCUGCCGUGGGGCGACCUUAUGCGACUGGCUCUACAAGCUCCUGCCGUGGGGCGACUGGCGGGGUUUGCCAUUCACCUUUUGCGGCAAGCAGGCGCGGCGCGAUGAGGAGGGGGCCCUACGCCUACGCCAGACAGAUGACGCGAACACGAUCGAAGAGAUCGCGCUCAGCCAGGAGCGCAAGACGGAGCUGUCGGCGGAGGCAACGCCAGCCGAGUUUUCGGACAACCGCUCCGCCCUCGGGGCGCUUGGAUGGCUUUCAUCGCAGACUCGACCAGAUCUGUCAGCUGGAGACCUGCUCGAGACGAAUCGGCUCAUCAAGCUGGCGCGGAAGCACGCGGACGCGGGACUGGAAUUUACGAGGCUACGUGAACCACUUUGCCUGGUCACUUACCACGACGCCAGCUGGGCCAAUGCUGACGAGCCACCUGAAGGCGUCGUAGCUACGCUACUCACCAAGAUCGUGGGCAGCAAGGACAAUCAUAUCAAGAUUCGCUCGCAGGCCGGCUACGUGACUUUCAUCGCCGAGGCCAAGCUGUUGCGCGGCGACAAGGCGCGAGCGGGAAUCGUUGAUUGGCGAUCAGGCACCAUCAGGAGAGUUCGCAGAUCUAUUUUUGGCAGCUGA